AUGUCGUCAGAGUUGUACUCCAGAGAUGAGCUGGUGGAGAGGGGGUCAGUCCCCCUGGACAUUGACAACAUCCACAUGCUGCUGCAGGUGGAACAAGAACAGAUUCAGAAGAGGACUUUCACCAACUGGGUCAAUGCUCAGCUGGCAAAGAGGAGGCCGCCAUGUAUGAUCGUUGACCUGUUCAAUGAUUUCCGUGACGGCUACAAACUGUUGGACCUGCUGGAGGUGAUGAGCGGGCAGCGCUUUAGUCGGGAGAGAGGCAGGGGAAUGUUUCAGCACAGGAGCAAUAUUGAGAAAGCACUCUCCUUCCUUCAAAAGAAAUCUAUCAAACUAGUCAACAUAAACAUUCCUGACAUUAUCGAUGGGAAGCCCUCCAUCAUCCUGGGCCUCAUAUGGAUGAUCAUCCUUCAGUAUCAUAUUGAGGAGUUGGCCAGUUGCCUCUCCUUCGACUCCCGUCAGUCUUCCAUGGAGUCUUUGGCCAGUUUGGACACUCACUCCACCCUGUCAAGCCGCUCAGCCAGCAGCAGUCCUGUUCCCCCCAAAGGUUCACCACUUCAUAACCGUUUCAGGGUUUCUGCCAAGAAGGCCCUGCUGCUCUGGGUGCGCGAGCAGUGCCACAAAGCUGGCUGUUCAAUAAAUGUAAAAGACUUCAAGGCCAGCUGGAGGAGUGGAGUGGUAUUUCUGGCAAUUUUAUAUGCUCUACGACCUGACCUGGUGGAUCUAACCAAAGCAAGAACCAGAAGCAAUAAGCAGAACCUGGAGGAAGCCUUCUGCAUCGCAGAAAAAGAGUUGAGGAUCCCUCGACUGCUUGAGCCAGAUGAUGUGGACGUUCGAGACCCUGAUGAGAAGUCCAUCAUGACCUAUGUGGCUCAGUUCCUGCAGUACUCCAGAGACAUGCCAGUUCCAGAGGAGGAAAUGCAGUACCUGACGCCUCCUAAAGGUCCCUCACCUAUCAACCUCCCUGUCCACUACACUCCUGCUAUUUCUGCUUCACCUCUUCGACAGGCGACACCUGAUCGAAAAGCUCAGGAAGUCACAUGCUGGCUUGCUCAGGCCUACGAUGAGCUGCUGGAGGGGUGGGACUCCACAGAGGGAGAAAGCUACUCAGAGAGAUACCAUGUAUUUCAGACCUUUCUGGUGUCCUUUAAUGAGCAGCGAAGGCCCAUCAUGCCUUUACUGACAGCCAUGAGACGAACUCCAAAACUGAGCGAGGAGCAGCGGGCUCUCCGAGAGGCGUGGGACGCCCUCAGUGAAAAGCUUCGUGAAUACAAGAUAGAGUUAGACAUGAGGCUUCCAGCCCCCUUGGACACAGUAGCUCAUUGGCUGUUGAGGACUGAGGGGGUGUUAACGGAGGAACAGGGUGACCCUCAGGAUCACAGCUGUGCUGCUGAUGAAGCCAGAGAAAAACAAGAGCUGCUCAAAGUUUGCCUGGAGGAGAUGCCGCAGCAGCUGAAGACCUUCCAGUCCUUCCAAAACGUGGAUGAGUAUGGAAACAUGAUGGUUCCCACGGACAAGAUGGAUGAGCUGAAGAGGAGAUUCACCAGUGUAAGAGUGACCGCUAAGUACCAUGGGAUCAAGCUGGAGUACCAUGAGCACCGCCACACAGUUUUGGAUCUGUUGGGCCAGAUCAGGACUAAGCUACACAUCUGGAAGAGACCAUAUAUCUCUCCAGAGGCUGUCAGGGUCUUGCUGCAAGAAUGGCAUGAAAUGGUAAACACUCAGGAGCUACCGACUUUGUUGGAAGCAGCUCUCCGUAAGCUGAAGCAGAUUUCUGAGAAAUAUUCAAGCAAAUCUGCCCUCUCUGCAGAUUACCACCAUGUCAGUCAGCAGGUGAAGCGGCUUGAGGAGGACACAGCUGUAGUUUUGGAGGAAAUGACAACAGCUAAAGGCAUCAUGGGCCGCGUCCUUUCUGCCUGGGACUCGUACAGCGACUGCCUUAGCUCCCUGCAGGCCUGGCUAGCACAGGGUUCUGUAACAUACAGUCAUAGCAACAUACCAGUGGUGACAUCGAAAUCCAUGGCUGAGUGGGGUGCUCGGCAUGCCCACCUGAUUGAGGUGGGUAGCUUCCUGAUUGAACUGACUGACCCUCAAACCAGCCGGAGUAUAGCAGAGGAGAUGCGGAAACUCAACAUGCACUGGGCAGAGUUUGUCAAAAGAAACACUUCCGAUAGCAUACCUGAGCCCAUUGCAGAUAUUCAGACCACUGCACAAGACCUCCAAGCUUUGAUCAGAGAGGCCAAUCUGAUUCUCAGAGAGCCUCUGGAGGCAAUGGCAGGUCCACUACGCACCUACAGGAAAAGACUACAGUUCAUAAUGAGGAAAAUAAAGGAAGUGGAUCUGGAAGCUUUAGAUCCGUCUCCUGAAUUCUCAUCCGAUCAGUUACUGAAAUUGAAACUUGCAACACCUGAAGUAAUGCAGACCUUGUUUGAGACAGAGCAGUUGUGUGCAGAGGUGCAGCACAGUGUGUCUGGGUUGGACAGUAGACUAGCUGAACUCCUGCACUGGGAAGCUGAAGCGAGAGAGCUCUACCAGCUGCUGAGGACCACUGACCGACAGCAAAAACACCAGGGCCAAGACCCAAGAGCCAGGGUCAUCAUAUCCCGUGGUCUACAGCUGGAGGGUCAGGUGGUCACAGAGGAGCAAGAUUUGCAGGUUAUAAUUAUGACAAGUCAGAAGAACUCCCCCCUCCAGUACCUCCAUGCCUCUGCUAUGCAGGAAAGAGUACGGGCUGCUGUCGCUCAAUCACAGGAGGCAAUUGGUAUGCUAAGCAGCCUGGGAGCCAGAAGGGACAGAAGCAGGAGCCCUCCAGAGGCCAGCCCUCCAUCAAAGGUCUUUAUCCAGGCUAAAGCAAAACCUCAACAUCUGAUAGAGUCAGACAUCAGGGAGCCAACUCGACAGCCUGAGACACAACUCAGUGAUGAAACUUUUGUGCCGAAGAUAGUUGUGCAGGAGUACAGAGAAGAAAGGAUGACACCUCCCCCAGUGCCACUCCUAGUGCAACCUGCGAUGCAGACUGGCACAAAGUCACCACCAGAGGACCAAACUCAGACUUUCCCAGAGACUGCUUCACAAACACAGCUGAAGAUUCAGGAGCAAAGUUUGAUUUCACAGGAGCUUGUGCAUCAAGGACUUACUAUACACACGACAAAUGAAGUACAUAAACAAAAGUCUCUGGAGCAUGAGAAACUACUAGAUGUACAAGAACAAGAGCUAAAGCCAAUGCAACCCCUGCCAUACCAGCAACAGUUGGAGCUGCAUCAGGUUCAGCAACAUGCAGUUACCACUACACAAGUUGAAACACAAGUUAAAAAGAUGUCAGAGCUGCAUGAGCAGACUCCACAACAGAAAACAGCUUUGAAGAAAAAACCUUUGAGUUCACAAGAGCUCCAAACCAGAAAGAUGCAGGCUAUGAAGAACCGACCCUGGCUUCAGAAAACAACUUUAAAGGAACAGAAAGCUCCAGCAAAUCCAGAACAAGAUUCUUCUCAGGAUCCUGCUCAGGCUCAACAGAUUCAGUCACAGUUAAAGAAAGAAACGUCCCAACUCCAGAUGCAACCGACGAUUCAGUCAGCAACUCAGACCAAACCUCAGCCCCAGCUACCACCCCAAGCAGUGUUUGAGUUGUCCGCUCAAGCAGAGGUUGAGUUACUUGAACACCAGGUACCCAAACAACCCAUGGUUCUGUCACCAACCAAAUCUGAGGUUGAGCCAGCACUGCAACCCAAAGUGCAGGCAGAAAUUACACCACCAACUCAGCCUAAAGAUCAGUCACCAAUCCAGUCUCAGGCACAGAACCAACUGCAGGCUCAAUCGCCAUCACAACCAAGGGCUCAAACAACGCUGCAGUCCAAGGCUCAAUCACCACCACAGGCCAGACCUCAGCCUCUCCCACAGUCAAAACCUCACCCCCAACCUCCUCUGCAACCCAAACCUCAACAACCCCCAACUGCUGCCCUCUCUCAGGUCACAGUGCUGCCUGAGAUCCAGCCUGAGUCACCAGAGCUCUGCAUCAAACCUCCCACCCUGGCCCAGGCACCUCCCCAGGCCUACACAGAGGCCUACAAUAAAGCCCAAGCUCUGGCCAGGAAUGGCUUUGAGGAGGCCAAGUACUGCCUGCAGGCACACAUCAUGGAAGCUAUCACUGUCUUUAAAGAUAAGCGCUUAUCAGCUGAGCAGGCAUCUGUUAAAGAGGAGAUUCUGGGGACUCUGGACCCAGAGUUGUUGGAGGGGUUCUUGAGAGCAGCCAAGGGCAUGGAGGCCUUUUGUACCCCCUCACAGCUCAGAGACAUGGAGUUCUUCUCCCAGUCUGUCAGGACGCAGUGGGAGGCCUGCUUCUCAGCAGACUUUGCAGAGGCAGGACAGCACCUGGAAGCCUUGAAAGAGUUGUGUGACACUCUGAGUCCUGAGGAUGCUCACCGCUUGGCCCAGACCCAGCUGAUGGAGUGUGAGAAGAGGCUGGCUGCCAUCCAGCGUCAGUUCAGUGGAGACCAAGACACAUCACAUACCGAAGCAAGGAUUCAGCUUGCCUUCAGUGAGGAUCUGACCACACACAAGGAACCUAAAAAGUCAAGUGAUAAAGCUCAGGUUAUAACUGAGUUCUUGAGGCAGGAGAGUGAACAGCUGUGGUCUGAGUUUUCAAACCAAUGCUCCCAGUGUUCCCAGUUGAACAGGGACAUGUUUGUGGAGCAGGAGAGGUCAGAGCUGCAGGAGCAGUGGCGCAGCCAACAGACAAACCUUCAGAGGAGAGGCAGCUCUCUGAGUGCUGCUCUCAGACAGAUUGACUCCACAGAGAACCACAUGGUGGACUUCACCGACCGCUUGGACCGAUACCUGAGACAGCCAAAAGACAUCACUGGCUUCACGCUGGCCAACACCAACAUCCUGAAGGAUAUUAAGGAACUGGAUGACAACAUUCAAAGUGAGCUGGACCAGCUGGCCAGAUUGGACCCUGAAUCUAGUGAUCUGGACCCUAGAGAACGCUUCCCCCUAACCCGGGAGGUUGAGACUCACAAAGCAAGCCUUGAUCAACUUAGACAGCAGGUCCGGAAGAGCGAAGCAGCCGCCCGCGCCCUGGACAGAUUCCUAAUGUCCCUGCGCACUGUGGAUGAAGACAUUUCAGGUGUCCAAGGCGCCCCCUGCAGUGACUCUGUAGUACUGCAGGACUGUCGCUCCAAGUUGGCUCUGAUCAAGCAGAGUAUUGACAGUUUGAAGGAGAAGGCACCUCAGUUGGAUCUGCUCCUCCAGGGAGCAAGGCUUACGGUCACCAGGGAUGGUGUCCCUGCCUCCUGCCUCGACAUGGUGACCUCUCUGCUGAGAAGACUGGAGGAGGCUGACAGUGGGCUGGCCGGCCAGCAGAAAGGCCUUCAGAAAGAGACUCAAACCAAAUCCUUGGGUCUGAGGAAAAGGACAAUGUUGGGGGAGCUGAAGAAGCUGCAGGAUACGAUUGAAGAGCAAGGCCUGAAAGAGCCCACCAUGCCUGCUGUCCAACACAGGCUCCGUGCGCUGUCAGAUUUGGAAGGCCAGCUGCAGGCUCAACACUUUGACCUGGAGAGCCUCCGUGAACUGCAAGAGAAGCAGGGAGGAGAAAAUGUCCUUCAGGAGGUGGAGGCUCAGUGGAAAGAGACUGAAAGAGCUUUUGCUGACAGGAAGAAGCAGUGCAAUGUUCUGUUAGAGCUUCUGAAGAAGUUCCAGACCUGCCGCAGUCACCUGAGCAACACCAUCCAGAAAGCAGAGCAGACAGUCAGCCAUCAGGCCUCAUAUAUGGGCAAAGACAACUUGCAGAGAAGCAUGACAAAGGUGUGUGAUAUUAAGGAAGAGCUGGGGGGUCUCGGUGAGCAGAUAGAAGAGAUGAGAGGUGUUUGCAAACAGCUCCAGUCUGAACUGAAGAAGUUUCCAGAAUGCAACGAGACUGCCUUUGAAGCUGAGGCUGACACGCUGAUGGACAACUGGCUCGAUGUAACAGAGAAGACAGAUGCCUACAUGGAUAACCUACGAGUGGGGCUGGAGCUGUGGGAGAAGCAGCUGAUGCUGGGAGGAGAAGUGGACAGCUGGGCUGGAGCCAAGCUUGCCCUGUUUGCAGAGAGCCAUCCUUUUAACAACGAACAAGAAGUGCUCGCCAUGAGGGAUGAGAUUCAUACCAAUGAAGAGAAUAUUGCACAUUUUCACAAGAAAUCUAUGGAGAUCCAGGAGAUGCUGCAGAGUCAAGAGGCUCCUUUGGAGCUGCAGGUGAUGGAGACUCAGCUGAGGAAGAGAAUGGAGCAGGUGAAGGAGCUGUUUACUGACUGCACAGAUGUGUUUGAGGAGCUGGUAGCUGUGAGGAAACAUCUAUCUGAGAAGAUAGAAGAGUGCCAAACAGCCAUAGAGAACAUCCAGUGUUGUCUCAGUGGGAUCGAUGCUUCAGAGCCAAAACUUGAAGCCCAGAUCCAGGAUCUGUGGGAUGACUUGGAGUCUCAAGAAGAGCAGGCAGAGGCUGUGCUGAAGGAGGUGACUCUGGUUUCCAGCGUGGCCAGUCCGCAGGUGCUGGAGGAGCUGUCUGUUGACUGCAGCCGGCUGAGAGAGGCCGUCUCCAGAACCAAAGACAUGAUCCACCUGAAGAGAGAGGAGAGGGACAAAGGCUUGCUCAAGGUUAUCAAUGAUGAAAAGCAGUCAUUUGAGGAAUGGUUCCAGGAUCUACAGCUUUUAGUCAACGAGUGCUUUGAGAACCCUGAGAGCAGAGCAGAUGUGGAAACCUCCGUGCAAAGAUUAAAUGGUUUCUUAAAGGCCAAGGAUACAGAGAGACGUCUGGAUCAACUGAAAGAGCAGCUGGAGAGAGGCAGCCAGCAGUUUCCUCCCCAGCGGCUCUCUGAGCUCACCAGCUGGCUGAAGGAGCAGCAGGAGGAGGUGGCCACAUUCAGAGCACACUGCCACAACAGGCAGAAGCAGAUGGAGUCACUCCUCGAUGACUUGAACUGUCUGCAGAAGCAGCAUGAUAGCUUGUGUGAGUGGCUUCAGAGCAAAGAAAAACAGUCUGCGGUGUCAGAAAAUGUGAAACAACUUCUCCAAGAUCUUCAGCAUGAGAGCAGUAGAGCUGAGACCCUCAGCGAGCUCCUAGCAUCGGUACGCCGACAAGGCGUCAGAGCAGACACCCUUCUGAAGGAUGGAGACAACCUAAUUCAACGCCACCGAAACCUGGAGGCUAAACUGCAGAAACAGGCCGAGGCUCAAAGUGCCUUGGAGGAAGAGUUCCACAGGUUUAAAACCCAGGUUGAGAGCACCAGGACCUGGAUCUGGGACCUCUCAGAACCACUCACGUCUUCUGGCAGAGACAUCGAGAUGGAGGAGAUGAAGAGCAGAGCAAUGGCUAUUCUAAACUCCAAACCUGAGGGAGACUCUAAAGUGAAGGACCUGAGAAGACAAAUGGAAAGUCUGUGUGAGCAGGAAGACUUAGAGGAGAGCAGGAAACCAGAAGCUCAGCUGUUUGUCAGAGAUACAGAAAAUGAGUGGAGGACUGCCCUUCAGACGGCUGAGGAGGCUCUCAAUAAGGCAGAUACACAAGCACUGUUAGAUAAAGACCUUCAAGCUUUCCAGUCCCACAAAAAAAGUUUUCUAUCCUGGAUCAAAGACCAGAAUGAGAACCUCACAUCUCUUGGUGUUCAUAUGCAAAUUGAAGAAAAGAUAAAUGUUGCACAAGCUGUUCUGAGCUCCAGGUUUCAAGGGGAGUCAAGGCUCCAGGAUCUGAGGCAGCAAUGCCAGAGUCUGUGUGACAAGCAGGGCUUGGACACCAGCAGAAGGCAGGAAAUUCACGAUGCAGGCAAACACACAGAGGAGCAGUGGUGGAAAGUCUUACAGGCUGCAGAGGAGGCUCUCAACCAGGCUGAGAUGGAAGCUGCUUCAGAGAGGGACUUUGUUGCUUUCAAAAACCAAAAUGAAACAGUCCAGUCUUGGAUCAGAGAGCAGAAGCAAAAACUGUUGGUCCUUGGUAGUCACAUGCAGUUUGAAGAGAGGCUGCAGGUUGCACAGGCUGUCAUGACUUCUGAACCAGAAGGAGAGUCUAAGCUUUGUGAGCUGAAGAGACAAUGUGAAAGUCUGUGUGAGCACCUGGAGGAGAGCAGGAAGCUGGAGGUGGAGCAGCUGCUAAAAUCCACAGAGCAGCAGUGGAGAACAGCUCUGCAGACCGCCAGACAAGCAGAACUCAGAAGUCUUUUAGAUGACUUUGACACUCAGAGUAAAAACACUGAGUUCUGGAUCAGAGACAAACAACAGAAGCUGCAGUCUGUGGGAAGCUACACCUCACCUGAAGAGAAAAGCCAAGCGGCUCAGAUCAUUUUGACCUCCAGACCAGAAGGUGAUGUUAAAGUGAACAACCUAAGGAGACGAGGCCAGACUUUGUGUGACCAUCCAGAUGCUGAUGAGGGCAGGAAAGUCCAGGUCCAGCAGACAGUUAAAGACACAGAGGAGCAGUGGAGGACGGUGCUGCAGGCUGCCAAACAGCUUAAAGCUGCAGCAGCAGCUCAGAUUGCUGAGGAGGCUGAGAGGAGAGCGUUGGAGGCUGUUAUGAGCUCAAGGCCUGAAGGAGACUCAAGGAUUCAGAAGCUCAGGAGACAGGGUGAGAGUCUGUGUGUCCAGGACCUUGAGGGAAACAAAAAAGAAGAGGUGCAGCGAACAGUAAGAGACACAGUAGAGCAGUGGUUGAGGGUCCUGCAAGAUGCUAAAGAAGCCUUUUGCCAAGCUGAAAGACAGAGUGCUCUGGAUGGUCAGCUGAGGGACUUUGAAGCUUUGAUGGAAAACACCAAAGCCUGGCUGGAAGAGAAGCGGAAAAGGCUUGUUUAUCUGGACUGUCAGACUGAUCCAGAACAGGCCAUAAACACUGCACAGAACAUCCUGAGCUGUAAGCCUGAAGGAGACUCCAAGCUGACAGAACUGAGACGACAGAGCCAGGGUCUGUCCGACCAGCAGGACUUGGAGGAGCACACAAGACACGAGGCUGAGCAGACAGUACGAGACUUAGAGGAGCAUUGGAAGAUGGUCCUGCAGACUGCUGAAAACACUUCGAAGGAAGCUGAGGUCCGGUACUCGCUGUCCAGGGAGCUGGAGGCCUUCUGGACCCAUGCUGGGAGCACCAGGACUUGGGUGGAAGGCCUGCAGAAACAAGCACAGUCCCUGCAGGGUGGCACUCUUGGCAGCAAGACUGAGAUCGAAGAAAGACUGAACACUGCACAGGCCAUCUUAAGCUCAGGAACAAACGGUGAUGCCCAAGUGACGGAGCUGAAGAAAAGCGCGCAGAGUCUCUGUGGCCAAAAAGAUCUGGAACAUGACAAGAUAGCUGAAGUUGAGCAGAUGGUCAGACACACAGAGACACAGUGGAGGACAGUUGUUCAGGCUGCUGAGGAAACACAGAGACAACUGCAGGGUGUUGUGGAGCGUCUUGUUUCCUGUUACUACAAGCGAGAUCAAGCUGAAGCCCGUUUGGUUGGGCUCCAGAAGCAGACGUCCAGCCUCCCACAUGUCUUCCCCUGGCCAGGCCUCGGGGAGAGAAGGCAGGCUGUGGAACAAGCACGGACCCUCCGGGAUCAAAGCACAGCCUUGGCUCUGGUUGUCUCAGAGGUCCGCACUCAGGCUGCAGAGCUGUUUGAAAUUACACAGGACCAAAGUUGGACAGAGCCGUCAUGGGCAGGAAAGCAGGAGGCCAUCUCUGCUCUGCUGAGAGAGCUAACUGAUAUUGUAGCAAACCUGGAGCAAGGCAUUCAGACAGAGCGACAGUGCACCCUGCUGAUCGAGCAGCACGAAGCAGCUCAGGACUGGCUGAGGGAGCAGGUUAAAGGCCUCGGACCUCCUCCAGCAGACAGACAUGGUCUCCAAAGUGCUGCCAACAACCUAAAGGCGUUGCUCCAGACAGUUGACAGGGAGCAGAAAGAGAUGAUGGAAAUAGACUCAGCCAGAGACAGUUUGCUGAGUCUCUGCACUCCUGGAGGUCAGGAUGCUCUGACCCUGGAGGUCAGCCACCUCCAUGACCUCUGUGCCAACUCGGAGCAGGAAGUGAGAGAGUGCUUGAAGACCUGUGAGAUGCAGUUAGAGGAGAUGGACCGUGAGCUGGCCCAGAUGGCCCAGGAUCUGAAGGAGAGAGCUGCAGCCCUGCAAUGGGAGCUGCGCUCUCUGGACCAGGCGCUCAGCUACAGCGAACCACAGAACAACAUUGCUCAGCUUCAGCAGCACUGGAACAGCCUUCAGAACUGUGAGAAGUCCCUCGAGGAUUUGGGUGUAAAGGUCCAAGAUCUGCACCAGGAAGUAAAAUCCACGUCUUCUACCAAAGAGCUGCCUGCAUAUAUUAUCAGUGUGGUUGAAUCUUUAUGCCAGCAACACGCCAGUCUGAAGUCCAGGCUGUGUGAGCAUCAGGAUAGUUGCUCUACAAACACAGCCACCUAUCUGCAGGACUGUCUUCAUGCCCUGCAGCAAUGGAGCCAAAGCAACCCAUCAGACUCCGUUUCAUCUGUACAGGUGACAUUAGAGGAAGGAGAAAAGUUACAGAACAGCCUGCAGGAGGCGCUCUUUCACCAGCAGUUUCUAACAGCCUGUUUGACACCAGACUUGUUAGAGAAACUGCAGAAAGAGAGUUCAGAGAUGCUCGGAGAAGUGCACACACACAAGGCCACUCUAACGCAAAGCUUAAAGGUUAUGACCUCUGUUGUGGCUCCACCGAGGAAAAACAAGCGCUCACUUGAGAAGCAAACUUCAUCCUUUACAGAAAAAUCUGCAUCCAAUGAUGAGUUGUCGAUUCCUGCUGAGGCUAAAACUUCUGGUGGGACAGAAGUCGUAGAAGUCACAAAAAGUGCUAGUGUAGAGCAAAUCAUGACUGAAACAAGUAUUCCUCAAGAAACAAAGAGCAAAAGAGUAAAACCAGAUGAGCCUCUCACAGAUGAGCCCUCUGGGAUCCAAAAGGCAACUGACCAGUCAGAAAAUUUACUUCCACCAUCCAGGAGAAAGUCAAAGACGUCAGCCACUGAAACAGAGAUUCCCACAUCUCUCCCAGCUACUGCUGGAGGAGCUUCAGAUGUCGUCCGUGAACCAGAGUCUGUACUGGGACAAACUGAAACUGCUGAGGUUUUACCUCCCAGGCGCAAGUCAAAGAGUCCAAAACUUCCUCCAAAACACACUGACCCACAGGAAACACAGAUGGUGGAAGAACCCCAAAGUCAAAGACCUGUGGAAGAACCAAAACUUGUACCAGUUAGAAGAAAGUCAAAGAAUGCAGAACCUGUUAAGCAGGACUCACAGAGUCCAGAAGUGGAGCCUGAUUAUCAUCAGAAAAUCCCAGACACCCUGACAUCUUCAACACAGAUGGAAACAGAACCAACUGAAACUGCUGCCAUGAACAAUAAUAAACCUUCUCCAACCAAGAGAAAAUCUAAAGGUCAGAAGCUCCUCCCAGAAUCUCCUGCUGAGACAGAAAACAAGCAGGAAUCUGGCAGUGAGGAGGCUUCAGUGCAUUCUGCAGAGCAAACGCAACCGGCUGUGGAAAAAACUAACAUGCUACCAGCCAGGAGAAAGCUGAAGGAUCUUGAGGUUUCCAUAGAGACCAAACAAGAACCAUCUCCAGAGGUUGUUUCAGAGGCAGCUGAAAGUACGUUUAUACCACCCAAGAGAAAAUCAAGGAGCACAGAACUUUCUCCCAGUCUUGCUGAAAAUAAAAGUGGUGAAUCUUCCUCAGACUUGGAUGCCCAGGUGAAACUUUCUGCUACUGAAGAAACAGCCAGAAGAAGGUCCAAAACUGCUGACCUUUCUCAAACCUCUGAGACAGUCAGUGUCCCCGUAGUAGCACCUGAUGCAGAGCUUGAACAAAAUAAGAAGACAACAAAGAGUCCUGCAGCUUCACCAGCUCUUCCUCACAAGAUGGAAACAUGGGUCUUGGAGAAGAGUGAGACUCAGAUAGCUGAAGAUGCUGCUACGGAAGAGAGUAAGGUUACAGGUCCUAAAAGUCCUGAAGAAGAGGCAGACAGUGUGAAACUGGCUACAGCUUUAGAGAUGAAGACAGUUCUGGCUGAAAAGGCAGCUGCAGAGAGUCAAGCAGAAAUCAGUUCUUAUCAGACUGAAAGGCAAGUUGGUGCUGCUACUAUUCAAAACCUUCAAGAAAAGAAAGUUACAGUUUUUCCAGAUGCGAAUGAAGUGUUUAUUCAAACAGCUGAGACUCUUCCACAUGAAGCAGAAACUUCUCAUCCUGAGCCAGUCAAGUUGGUGACUCUGCCUGAUUCAAUCACACCAUCUAAAACCUCGGAGGAGUCUAAACGGCAUCUUGAAGAAGCGUCAGAACUGAUUGCUGUCCUGCCUAAAGAACCGCACCCGCCUCUCUCAUCUGAUGCUGCAGACACAAAAAAUAUUGCAGAUUACAUCGACAAGCUGUGGAAAAACACAGAAGAGACUCAGAAGAGAUAUUUGGUCCUCGAUCUGCUUGAUACAGAGAUCUUCCAGACAUGUGAGAUAAAGCAAGACCAGGUGGAGGAGGAGAAGGAAGCUGUGAGUCAGCGAAAGCUCUCUGAACAGGUUGUACAACAACCUGAAAAGGGUAAGGAUGAUGAGAUUCAGGUGCCAACACAUACCAUCCAAGAUAGUGCAGACAGCCAGGGUGAUAUCCAGCUGGAGCCUCAAGUUCGUAUUCUGCAGUUAGAUAUAUGCACCAGUCUGGAGGAGAAUGAAAACACAUCCGUCUCUGUUGAAGCAGCUAUCCACAGUGAAGGUGUACUUGAAAGCAGCGUGGAAGAUUUGACUCUGACAGACUCCAGUGUUUCUCCAGCCAAAGAGCCACAACACAAGACAGAAUUAGUAGAAAUAAGCUUUUAUGAGCAAAACGUGGCAAAAAGGAUUGAAGCUCAACCCAAAGCAGUCAGCGAGUACUCCAUCCAAGAAGCAUCUGUCUCAGUGGAGAAGAUUCACAUGGGGCCAGUGCGUGUUCUGCAGCUAGACAUACAAACCAGCUUCGAAGAGCAUGACCACCUGGAUGUCAGAAGAGAAGCAGAACUCAAUGUUAUUCCAGAGAAAACAGAAGCUGAGACGGUUGAAAUAACGAUGGAAGGAGACGGUACUGAAUAUCAAGAAUAUUUGUCUCAAGAGGACUCUGCUCAACUCACCUCAAUUCAACCCCAUGAGAUAAGAUAUAUAGAAAUAAGCCUGGAUGAGCCAAACAAACUAAGUCCAAGAGAAACUGAUGCUAAGAUGACCACAGAGGAAAGAUGUGACACAGAACAUGGUGUCCAAGAAGAGCAUCACGAAGAUGCUGCUGAGGAUUUAUCUAAGAAACUGGAAGAAAAGGCUGUCAAAGGGGAGGAAGUCCAGCUGGAGGCUGAAGUGCUUGUUUCAACUAGCAAUCUGGAGGAGCAUGAAAACUCAUUCAUCCUGACUGCAAAUGAAGCAGAAAUGGGGACUAGUCAGUGCAUAAAGACGACUACAGCUGACCUUCAACCAGAAAAGACUGCAGAUGAGACAACAAGAGAGGAAGAAAUGGUCUCCGAACGUCAGGAGGACGAGUGUCAGAGUGACUCCACUCAAAUAGUUCCUGAGUCAAAGGAGACAGAGCUGGAAUCAGUGAUUCAGCUUGAUACAGUUAACGAAAGCAAAGAUGUGACUGCAGCUGAAAUUCCACUUGAUGAGUCAGAAUCCGAGAUGAUUAAAGAAGAUGUGCAAGAAAGCUUCACCGACUUCCUGUCGCAACCCGCUGUGCUUCCUAAAGUCAAACCAGAUGAAAACAAAACAGAUGACGGAGAAAAGAUUGACGGACAGCAGGAGAAGGAGACAGAGAGAGAGGCUGAGGAAGAAGAGAAGGAUGUCAGCGUAGAAGUUAAGCUCCAAACGAGCACAACGGCCACCGGUGAAAUGAAGCUUCAGAGUUCGGCUUCUCCACAGGAAAAGAUGCUAAGUGGUGAAGAGAUACCAACAGAGUCCUUGCAGGCGGUUGAGAAAUCUUCCAUGGACGUUGUCCAGGGUGAGAUAACCCAGCUGGAUGGAUUGUCCACUGGGGAAAAUGAAGAAGAAGAAAAUGUUCUGAGUUCUGAGAAACUAACUCUGGACCCACCGGAUGAAUCAGUCAUGGAGAACAUCUUUGCAAAGAUCCAGCAGCUUGCAGGAUCGGAAGCCAUAAGUCAGCUCAUUGAGAGUCAACCACACGAUGAUGCUCCAGAGACUGUGAUUACAUCCACCAGUGAUUUGGACAUUAAACUGAGCAGAUUAGUCUCUAAAAUUCUGAGCUUAAAGAACCAACCUGCUGAGCUUAGUCCGACAGCGAUGGCCCAGCAGGUGGAGGAGAUUCAGGCGUGCCGGGAGCAGGUCCAGCAUCAGCUGACUUUGUUCCCUCAGCUUCAAGAGGCUGAUGCUAUGGACAGGGACCAGUGGAGCACCACAGCUCAGGAUGCAGUAGCAGUGAUCCAGAGUAAAGAAGCUCAGCUACAGCUGGUAACUGAUUACUUCAGACAGAUUGAAACAGCAAAGACAACUACAGACAGACUGACAGCUGAACUGGAUGCUGUGAAAAUGUCUCCACAGGAGAGCAGCAACAAGGAGGUGGAGCAGUUAUGCUCCUUUCAAAGAAGUAUGGAGGAGAACAGGACAGUACUCGGGGAGUUGCUUAUGACCCAUUCCAAGCUGUGUCUCCAUCUCAGUCAGUCGGACCGAGAAGCUGCACUGAUGGAGCUAAAGAACCUCCAAGAGAAGUGGAGAACCCUGGAGAGAAACAUUGAGAGCACUCUUCAUCACACAAAGGUCAUUUCUCAUCAGACCAACAGUCUUCUGUCAGAGCUGUCAGGUCUACAAGAACACCUGGAAACCAUUAAGAGAGACCUGGAAGCUACAUUUUCCUCAGUCAGUCAGUGGAACUGCAAGGAUGCACAGCAGCUGAUGCAGGCGAAUGCUGAGGUGAAAGCAGCCCAGCAGCAGUGCUUAUAUUUCCAGCAGCUGUCAGAGGAGUUGCUCCAUGCAUCAUGUUGGGCGACUGAGUCGAAGGAAAUACAAAAUGGGCUUCAGGAAAUCAAAGACAAACUUAGCUACACAGAGGAGCUACUGUCUUCCCAAACUAAGAUGAGCAGCAACCCCACAAUGGAGAAAAUAAUGGCUGUGGUGAGGGAUGGGCUUGUAUGGGCCAAACAAACAGAGAGGGACAUCGAUGGCAGGAGGAAGAGGGUGCCUCUUCUACCUGAAGAGGUUCACCAUCAUCUCAGAGAUCUAAAAAAACUACAGUCUGAGGUGAUGACCAAACAAGGUCAACUAGAGACGCUGGUGGAGGAGGUGACGGAGCUCCUUCCCCAGCUGGACCAGGCUGAAGAGGUGCCAGUUGUACACAGUUCUUUGGACUGCCUCGAAGAACUCUCUAAGUCCACCACUGAGAAGCUGUCCAAGGCUUUGAAGGAGCUAGAGUCAGGACUCCAGACAAGAGAAAAGCUAUCUGAGCAGAUUGCUGAUCUAGACUCCUGGAUUGUGGCUAAUCUGCAGUCAGAGACCUUGAGGAGUGGAGACAGUGACCUUGUGAGCCAAACUGAACUCGAUCGCAGAGGCCGCCAGAUCCAGGAAACCCUGUGUGAAGCUGAGAGGCAGACAGCGAUCUGUGAGGCUCUCUUCAUCAGUAGUAAAGAUAUUGCAUCUGAACUUAGCGUCACAGAGAGUUGUCAGCUUUUUGACAAGAUAAGAGACAUCCAGGAGGACAUCAGAGCCAUCAGUAGCAAAGAAAAGGCCAAUAAAGAGGAACUGGAUGAACUUAUUAAGACUGUAGAUUCAAGAUACAAAAACCUGUUGACUGUUGAGAAAAGCUUAAGGGAGAUUUUAAUGGAUCUGAGCAGACACCAGUAUCUCAUCACAAGAGAGUCCCUGCAAGCUUUCAAACCUUUCAAACACAUGAUUUUGGAGCACAAGUCCGAGGUUGACCUUCUGAUACCAUGGAUUCCUCAGGAAAAGACGAGAGAACUGAACUCUGUGAUUUAUGAACUCCAAAACAAAAUUCUUACUCUGGAAAUGAAAGCCAAAGACCACGAGAGGUACCUGAACAUGAGGCAAUGUGUGGAGGACCUCAGGGAGAGCUUUCAGGAGGAAGUUCACCAGGCCAAAGAGGAUAGCAGGAGCUUGGAGGACAGAUACAAACUUUGCCACACUCUCCUCUUCCUCUUUCCUCUGAUGAAAGGAUUGUGUAGCGAGGCUCGCUCUACACUUCAAGUGAUCUCUGCCGACCUCUAUCCCUCACAGCUGACCGCAGAGCAACACAGGCUGAAGCAAAAUGAGGAGAGCCUGGAUACCUGGGAAAUGAGUCUGUCCAAAAACCUCAGACUCAUUGAGCUGAACGUGCUCAAAGAACUGGACCUCGAAUCGGAAAAGAAAGCCACUCAGAUCUUCCUCUUAAGGACCCAGCAAGAGCUUCAGAAGCUCCCCUCAUUGGAGCCAAAUCAAACUGUGAUAAACAGAGAAUACCAGAAAGCUGUGUUUCUGAAAAAGACUGUGGAGUCAAAAAUGAGAGUGCUGGAGGUUCUGGAGCAAAAGACGGGAAGCGAAGAAAGACGAGGAUCUCAAGAUCUAAUGGACUUGACGAAUGUAGUCCUUCGUGAAUGUGACUUACAAAUGGAGAACAUCCUCCAGGCCAGCGAGUGUUUAAGAGGCUACACCUCUGCUGUUAAAGAUGCCGCAUGGUUUCUGCAGGGUACCGAGGUCUCUAUGCUGCCCCCUCAGGGCUCUGUUAGACCAUGCUGUGACAGUCUUGAGGACACCCAGCAGGCCUUGUCCUCACUGCAGCAGCACUUCCAAGCCUAUGUGGAGCGGCUUCAAAACCAGGCUGCUUUGCAAACUUGCUUGUCUCCACAAACGUUGAAGCAGCUUCAUGAAAACAUAUUGAGCCAGCUCCUUGUCAGGGUGUCCACUCUCCAGGCAAAGGGCCAAGUACGACUGGAGUGUCUCAGCAGGUGUGCAGAACAGUAUAGAAACUACACCAAGUCCCAUGAUGAAAUCAUCCAGAGUGUAAAAAGUGCAGAGAGCAGGCUCCUCCAACUUAUCUCUCAAAAAGUCACCAGUCUUGCUGAAUGCACUGAUCAAGAGAAAAAACUUAGAGCGCUGUCCGGGCAGAUGGAGUCCUUGCUGAGCUGUCUGGACAACCUGAGGGAAUGGUGCCCAGAGCAGAGCUGCCGGGGAGGCAGGGAAGCUGCGGUGACUGCCAUCUGGAGACGAGUGUCAAGAAUACGGCGCUGCACUCAGGAGCUGACCACACGAAGCACACAGAGAAUCUCAGAGUGGCUUGAUGUCACCAAUAGUGUGGAGAAAGCCUCUGUUGUAUUGGAGCAGGUAGAGGUGGGGCUUCCUGGUGAUUCCAGGUUGAAGGCCUCUGAGGAGCUCCAGGACCUGCUGCAGUCCUGGGAACAGUACCAGGACAGACUGGACUGUGAACAUCGAGCCCUGUCUGCACUGGAACUGCGCGCAGCCAGGCUGCUGGGUGUCCCUGCCCACCUGGAGGAGGCUCCUCCCACUCCACUGUGUCAGCAGCUGCAGGCGAUGCAGGGCCGAUGUGACAGUGUGAAGCAGAGGAGCGGUGAAGGCUUACUGGCAGCCAGGGUUGAGCUAGAGGAGAGAGAAAAGGUUCGAGAGGAGCUGCAGGUGCUUUGUGGUUGGCUUGAGGCUGUACAAAGUCUCCUGUCUGACAUGGAGAAGAGCAGCCGUACAGAGGAGCUACUGGAAAUCCACGGUCAGCUUAGUGUCCACAAGUCUUUACUGCAGCGCAUCAUGGAGCAGGUUAAGAUGAAAUACUCUGAUGUGUAUUCUCUGGUCCCGAUUGAGAUCGACAGCCAACUCCAGGAAGUCACAAAGUCAAUGGAAGAAGUGGAGCUCAAGGUGGGAGAGGCCGUGGAGAAGAGAGGUCCUGUUUCCAGUCUAGGGGUAAAGCUGUUUGAUAUCCAAGCUGGCCUGAGAUCAGUUCAGAAGACUCUGGAAGAAAGAAGCCCCACUGUGACUGAUGCAAAGGCCACACAGAAGCAUGUGUGGGACCAGCUGGAUGUGUGGCACUCCCGUCUGGCAGCACUAGAGGUAGAAAUGCAAGACUUGGAGAAACCUGAGGAAGCAUUGAUCCUCACAGAAAGACUGGUGGAGGUCCAGCAGCUGCACUCCCUGCUGGCCAAGCAGGCAGAGCAGAGGACCACCCUUCUCAGCAAGAUACACACGUGGCUUCAAGAGCAUCAAGAGAUGAUCAACAGCUCGAAGAGCUGGAUGGCCGAGGCGCAGUCAUGGCUCGCUGCUCCCUGCACGUACACCACCGCUAAAUGUUUGAGCAGCCAUGUUAACGCCCUGCAGCUUGUGUUGAAUGAUGCAGCCCAGAUCCGAAGCACGCUGCAGGGCUUCAGCUCAGUCCUAAAGGAGAUGUCACAGGUUUGUGACAUCACGGCUCUCCAGGAACAGCUGACUGAAGCGGACCGCCAGGUGGCCGAUGUUCAGGAUGGCUUCACAGCUCCUCUGUCUCAGCUGGAACAUGCUGCUGCUGAGGUGGAGGCUAUUGAGAGUGAAGUGAAGCGAAUGGAGAGUAAUGUGGUGGAGAUUAAGGCAUUACUCUCUUCUCCAGAAUCUCUCACUAAACACAGAGAGGAAAGGUUUAAGAUGAUUGAGCAGAUGAUCCAGCCGAUGAGGAGAACAAUAGCUGAGAUCCAGAAAUGUAAACCCGGCCUUUGUCUUCCAGAGAAAGCUCAAGAGACUCUGACUGUCUUUACUGUAGUGGACCAGCUCCAGACUCUGCUGCUGGAACUGGAGAAGAAAGUCCCGGCCCUUUUCAUUCAGCAGUCUCCAACUCCAACUCAAACCAAACUCCAAAAAUCCGUUUCUGGGGAGGCUGAGAAGGAAGAGCAGGGCCAAAUCCGAAUCGUCCACUUUGAAGAGGAUGUAGUGAAGAGAUCUGGAGGAACUCUGCAGAAUGUGGGGCAGUCCUUUGUUAACAUUCAGCAGUGGGAGCAUCAGAGCAUGCUCCAGGCUGAAGAAGACACAGACACUAAAGAGAAAGAGGAGCUGAGAGUAGAAGAUGCUGGACGAAGUGUGUUGUGGUGGCUCUGGGAUGCUUUCCUGGGAGCUUCACCAGAGGUACCUCUGCUUGUUGUCUCAGAAGAGACUGAAGCUGCUGCUGGACAAAGCGCUGCAGAGGAGAAAAAGGAUGUUGUGGGCUCCACUGACACCGCAGAAGCAAGUUCAUCUGAAGCUUUAUCAAAACCUCUGGGCACGGUCAAAACUCAGGCACUGUCUGAGAGCAUGGUAAACCCGGCCUCGACCGAAAACAUCUCCAAGUCUGACCCUAGGUCCCAGCAGAGAUGUGUAGUCUCCUGUUCAGCUAGUUUCCUUCAUUCCUCCUCCUCUUCUGUCUCUACCUGCCUGGUGCAGAGAAGUGUAGCCAGGUGUGUUGUGUUUGUGUCUCAGGAAUCCCAGCCUGGGCCGGACACCUAUGAAGGAAUCCUCCAUGUGUGUCUUGAGAGGGUCAGCCAGCUGGAGCUGUGGCUGCUGAAAGCCCAGAGAAGUCUUGAUGCAGCGACCAUGCAGGACAGUGUGGAGCAGCAACUCCUCACCUGCCAGGAAAUGUUCCUGGAGAUUGAGGAGAAGGUCGCCAGCUUGUCAGCACUUGGUCCUGCUGCUGACCAGCUGCAGCUGAAUCAGCAAGAGGCAGCCGAGCUUCUGGCUUCCAAGCUGGAGCUCCUGAAGGCCAACCUGUUCUCCUUCCAGCAGAGGCUACAGGACCGACAUGAAGAGGAGAAGAUGUCCGGGGAUAAAGAGACACUGGAGCACGCCCCCACAAAGUCCGUUCCUCCAGCUGAGCACCACCUUGAGUUAAAGCUGAAGCGCAGCAGCAGUGUUCAGGAGAUCUUCUCCUCACCACGAAAUGAACUGCUGAGACAGAGCAGCCUGCAGCAGCAAAAGGAGUUGGAGCAGGAGCUGACUGAGCAGAGGGGACUGACUCAGGCCAUCGCCAGGCAGGGCAGCAGAGUUCGACUCUACAGCCCAGAGCUAGAGGACCAAAGUCAGCUGUCACCAAGGUGGCCUCCUGCUGAGGCUGAUGUGGAGGAGGACUCUGCUGAGAAGAAGUGGGAUCGCCUUCACAGUCGGCUGCUCGCUGUGGGGGAGAGCUGGCUGCUUCCUCUGUCUGAGGUGACAGACUCAUCUAUGAAGGGUAGUGAUGGAACAGCAGGACGCAUGAUUGGUACAAAAAACCUGAAAGAGCUCCAGACCUACAUCAGCCAGCUGAGAGAGCUGGGCCACACAUCUGCAGAGCUUCUGAAUCAGGCUCCGCAUGUGGAGGACAUCCAUCAGGUGCUUGAUGAGAGCUUGUUUCAUGUGUUGCAUGGAGCGUCCCUGUUCCUGUCCUCCAGCCAUAAUCUGCUGCACUCACCUGCUGAGAUCACACACCAGGACGACGCUCAGCUGAGGCUUCUGCAGGUGCAGAGUCUGUCAGCAGAGUUGGCCAACCUGGGUAGUGAGCUGGUCUCUCAGGGAUCAAAGGUCAGCCAUGUCCUGGGGUCAGAGUGCUGUCAGCAGUGUGUGGAUGAUCUGUGCAGAGUCCUCCCUGUUGUCCAGGCUGCACUGUCCAGGAAAGAGAAGGAGCUCCAUAACAUCCAGCUGGACUCUGCAGAGAAACAGAUCCAGGAGUCUUUGCAGCAGCAGGCUGAGCAGGUAAACUCCCUGCUGCAGGAGGCUGGCCAACACAAACUGCCAGCCUCUCUUGUCCACCAGGCCACAAAGCUGCAGGGUGAGCUGGACACAGUUCUGGGUGGCGUCCGUUCGCAGUGUGAGGAUCUGAAAAGCAGAGCAGACCUGCAGCAGCAGUUUGAGCGGCUGGUCCACAGCCAGCAGGAGCUGCUCAGUCUUGGCUCUGAACGCCUUGCUCUUCAACCUGACAUGGAGCUCCACAGCAGGACUCAGCUCCAGCAGCAGCUAAGCAGUCACAUGAAAUUCUUCCAGGUCUUGGGUCAACGCAUUCACAACUUGCAGUACCUGACCAACAAAGUCCCAGAUAGCGCCCUCCAGAGGUGGGAGGGUGUAGUGGCAGGAUUGCAGGACGAGGUUGUACGACUACAACGGCAUGGGCUGGAGAAAGGCGUCAGGAUGCAGCAAACACUACAGAUGUGGUCGAAGUGGGAGGACGACAGCAUCUGGUGGGACUCUCAGCUGAGAAGCAUUGAAUCUUCAUUUCCCAACAUGCAGGAGGAUGAUGUCUCAGAGGAGCAGGCAUCAGGGAACCUCUCUGUCUACAAGAAACUGAGCUGCAUUUUGGUGGAGAACGAAGCACGGUUCCUUCAGAUGCUGGAGGCAGGGCAGCACCUGCAGAGGGUGGGCUGUGAUCGAGUGGGUGUGUCCACCUUGAAACUGGAGGCACGCUGGAAAUCAUUACACAAGAGGCUGAAGGAUGAACGUACCAGCUUUGACAGAAAAAGGAAGCUGAGGAGCAGAUUUCUUUGUGACGCUGUUGUGCUGACAAACUGGAUGACCAGGGCAAGAGCGUUGGUUGACAAACUGAAUCAGUUCUCUGCCUCAAGCAGCGAGCAGAUGACUGUUCAACAAAGGCGCGACCAUUUCCUCCAGUGUGUGGCUUUAACCAAAGAGCUGGAGGCCAAAUCUGAGGUGAGGCUGAUGCUGAUUGGUACUGUGACCCAGAUGGUCCAACUGAGGAAACCAGAGGGAGACUCAAACAGCAAUAAAGAUCAAGCGAAUUCUCAGUCCCAGACUUCAGACCCAGAUCUCGGCUCGGUAAACACUCAGCUCAGGCAUCUAGAGCUGGACUGGACCAGCCUGCUGGCUGAUGUGCCCGUCAUCCAACAAGCUCUGCACAAGCUAUGGAUGGAGGGGCUGACACAGCAGGAGGUUCUGCAGGAGCUGCAGGCCUGGCUUGGAGAAGCUGAGUCCCAGCUGGAGGAGUAUCACAGCAGCAUCAACCAAAACAUCUGCACCAACACUGAUCUGACCACUGUCCUGAAAUACUGCAAGGAGUGUCAGUCAGAGACAUCUGCCCAUCAGGCCACCCUGGAGUACCUAAAUCAGCCUUUACUGGCUUGUAGUACUGAGAAAGACCAGAGGAGGCGUUGUGAGUACAACCAAUUUGCAGAAGAGCAGGGUGCUCAGAGCUACCGGUGGCUUAGUCUGCAGGCAAACCUUCAAGCAUUGAUUGACGAGGUGGAUCAGGAGCUGAAGGAAAGAGCGGAGCUGGAAACCCAACUGCAGCAGAUCCACAGCUGGAUCACAGAUCAGAACCUCUGGAUUGACUCGGUUCAGACCCCCAGCAGUCACACACAACUGCAGACGAACAUCAGCAUGUGCCAGGAUCUGGAGGAGAAGACCAGGCAGAGGUGUGCAGCUCUUCAGGAGCUGAGAGACCAAAUCAGUGGCAAAAGAGAAAAGAGCAGGUGUGACUUUUUCUCUCAGACAGAUAAAUCCAUCCAGGCCUGCACAGCUCUCCAACAACUGACUGGAUCAGUGAAACGGAGGCUGAUUCAAGCUCAGCAGCUGUGGAGCAUCAUGGAGAAGAAACAGAAUGACGUGAUGCUGAAGACGCUCCGAACAUCUCAGACUCUGGAUUAUCACAGCAGCCCUCAGCUCUCCCUGCAGGCACAGAAAUGCCUUCAUGAGAAGCUUCAGCUUCUCCUUGAGGACACAACAGCAUUUGAGGCAGAGUGGAAAGAUCUGAGUCAAAGCUUCGACUCUCUCAGAGGAAAUACCAGUCCUGCUGCAGCUGCUGUCAUCACUGAACAGCUGGACAGACAGAGAGACAGCUGGACCGAGGUGUUGGGAGCUCUGGGCCAGCAGCUCCAGCAGAGUUGGGAGAUCCUGCAGGUCUGGGAGGUUUAUACACGGCUGGUGGCGUCUUUCUCUGAACGCCUCCAGACUCUUCAGAGUGAGGUCACAGCAGAGCUGCACGUCACCUCCGAACUAGAUGACACUGUGGGCCAGAUCACUGCCAAGAUACACACGGUCCAGACUUUCUUCAGUAGAACCAGCAGUUUGCAGUCUGACCUGGAAAAGCUGCUGGAGGCCUCCAAGGACCUGGUUAGCCACCAGGACCCUUCAGCUGCCAGUUUGGUCAAAUCAGAGUGCCGCUUGUUGUCACGUGGUGUCCUGCAGCUCAGCCAGCAGGUGUCAGGGAGGCUGGAUCAGCUCCAGGAGGAGCUUAAAGAGCUGCAGGAGAUUGAAAAUGUCCUGGAGUCACUAGAGAGGAAUCUGAAGGUCUGGCAGCAGCGCCUGGAGGAUGUGGCUCAGACAGACCAGUCUGGCCUCCUGGAGCUGAGCGGCCUGUCUGCUGACCUGGAUGUGCUGAAUGAGGUGAGCUGCAGCCUGACGCUGGGUGACGCUGCUGCACGCCGCCUGCAGCGCCUCAACCACUGCUGGGCCAACACCUCCGCUAGAGCUCAGGAGGCCUGCAGUGAGCUGCAGACGGAGGUACUGAGGCAACAGACGUUUGAACAGAAGUGUGAGAGCUGGAUGUCGUUCCUGCAGCGGAUGGAGGACAGUCUGGCCGUGGACGUCGCUGGCUCCUACUUUGGCCUCAGGCAGCAGCUCUGCACACACAAGCGGUUUCAGACAGAGCUUUCCGUCGGUCACCAGAUUCUGCAUUCAGUCAUCACUGAAUCUCUUCAUCUGCUGCAGAAAGGAGAGGUGGAGGACAGGAGCGACUUUAUCCUGAAGCUGGCUCAGCUCAGAGAGCACUGGCAGGGGGCGGUGCAGCGGGCCGACCAGCGCCGCUCCUUGGUGGAGGGGCUGGUGAAGCACUGGCACCUGUACAGCCGCAGCCUGAGGAAGCUGCAGAGGUUCCUGUCGGACACACAGACCCUCCUUCCCCCCGCCGGGCCGCCCCGCUGCAGCCUGCAGCAGCUCCGACGCUCCCUCCAGGACCUCCAGCACACAGAGCUGCUGUUCCAGAGGUAUCAGAGCACCUUCAUCCACACUCUGGAGGUCGGCCGGCAGCUCUUCUCCAUGGGAGACGAGGAGACCCAGACUCGGCUGCAGGUGGAUCUGGGAACACUGCAGGAGGAGUGGGAAAACCUGCACAGCCUGCUGGGCAGAAGGAUGGACCUCACUGAAGCCAUCAUCAAGAACUGGGAGCGCUGUGAGGCUGGACUGGAAAACAGCAUGUUGCAGCUGAAGGACAUGAAGACCCGGCUGAACCAGUCCAUGCCAGAAUGUGAUGCUGACCUCCAGAGAGCAGACAUAUUCAGCAAGGAGAACGAGGACUCCCUGGAGGACUGGGCUGAGAGCCUGACGGAGCUGAGCACCAUGAAGACAGAUCUGUCCCAGUACAUCAUCGCGGACGACGUCCUGCUGCUGCAGGAGCAGGUGGAGCACCUGCACUGUCAGUGGGAGGAACUCUGCUUUAAGGUGUCUCUACGUAAACAGGAGAUUGCAGACCGUCUGAAUGCCUGGAUCAUCUUCAACGAGAAGAACAAGGAGCUUUGCGAGUGGCUCACACAGAUGGAGAACAAGGUGGCACACAACUCCGACCUCAACAUCGAGGAGAUGGUGGAGAAGCUCAAGAAGGACUGUAUGGAAGAGAUCAACCUGUUCAGUGAAAAUAAAACUCACCUGAAGCAGCUCGGGGAACAACUCAUCACAGCCAGCAACAAGACCAAGGAAACUGAGAUCAACGACAAGCUGAAGGAUGUCAACGACCGCUGGCAGCAUCUGUUUGACCACAUAGAGGCCAGGGUGAGAAAGCUGAAGGAGACGCUGCUGACGGUGCAGCAGCUUGAUAAGAACAUGAGCAACCUGCGGACGUGGCUGUCCCACAUCGAGACAGAGCUGGCCAAGCCGGUGGUCUACAACGUCUGCCACAGCGACGAGAUACAGAGGAAACUAGCUGAGCAGCAGGAUCUGCAGCGGGACAUCGAACAGCACACUGAGAGUGUGGCAUCUGUGCUGACGCUCUGCGACGUCCUGCUGCACGAUGCCGAUGCCUGUGGCAGCGACUCCGAGAACGACUCCAUCCAGCAGACCUCCCGCAGUCUGGACCGCCGCUGGAGGAACAUCUGCGCUAUGUCCAUGGAGAGGAGGAUGAGGAUUGAGGAAACGUGGCGCCUUUGGUGCAAGUUCCUGGAUGACUAUUCUCGUUUUGAAGACUGGCUGAAAGCAGCUGAGCUCACUGUGGCCAGCCCUGACUCCUCCAAUGUCCUCUACACCAGCGCCAAAGAGGAGCUCAAGAAGUUUGAGGCGUUCCAGCGGCAGGUUCAUGAGCGGCUGACUCAGCUGGAGCUGGUAAACAAACAGUACCGCCGUCUGUCCCGAGAGAACCGCACUGACGCUGCCAGCAAGCUCAAAGUCCUGGUCCACGAUGGGAACCAGCGAUGGGACUGCCUGCAGAGGAGGGUGGCAGCUGUGCUGCGUAGACUCAAGCACUUUACCUCUCAAAGAGAGGACUUUGAAGGAACGCGUGAAGGGAUCCUGGUCUGGCUUACGGAGAUGGACCUCCAGCUCACCAAUGUGGAGCACUUCUCAGAAAGUGAUAUUGAAGAUAAGAUGAGACAGCUGAACUGCUUCCAGCAGGAGAUCACGCUGAACACCAACAAGAUUGACGCCCUCAUCGUGUUUGGGGAGAACCUGAUUCAGAAGAGCGCUCCCCUGGACGCUGUGCUGAUCGAGGACGAGCUGGAGGAGCUCCACUCCUACUGCCAGGAGGUCUUUGGCCGUGUGGCUCGCUUCCAUCACCGCCUCAUCAACCGAAGACCGGUUCUGGAAGAGGAGAGAGAGACGUCAGACCGGGACACGGACGUGGACGACUCCCCUGAUCUGACCAACGGGGCGUCUUGGACAGAGACGAGGAGGAAGAAGGAUGAAGAUGAAGCUCCACCAGUGGGGGGAGUGUCAUCUGGACGGCAGGCCGUGUGCCACCUCCUUGUUCCUCCUCCUGAGCGGUCGGGAAGAGAGACCCCUGUCAGCGUGGACUCUAUCCCUCUGGAGUGGGACCACACCGUGGAUGUGGGAGGAUCAUCAUCACACGAGGAUGAUGAGGACACCACCUUCUUCAGCGCUCUGUCAGAUGUGAGCGUGACAGAGAGUUCAGACUCGUUUGUUAAAGCGACUUUCAGGGCAGUAAAAGCAGCCUCGGGUAGGCUCCCAGCCUCCUGCAUGAGUCUCUGGCAUCAGCCUGGCUCCCCAGAGAGGAAACGGGUUCCCCGUGAAAUCAUCCGAGGCCUGAGCUCAUCUCCAACGCACACCGCUGGCAAUCCUUACCACCAGCAGGGCUACGCUAAGUUGAUGUCAGAGUGCAGCAGCAGCAUCAACAGCGUGAAAAGAGUGAAACUGAUCCUAAACGAUGAGGAGGAGCUAGAAGAUGCAGGUCUGACCAGCAGCACAGCCAACAAGCAGAACAGUACAGGUAUGCUAACAUGUGUGAUCGAGCGCUGGGAGCUGCUACAAGCACAAAAGUUCACCAAAGAAUCUGACAUCAAGCAGGACCUGAAGCAGUGGCAGAAACUCAACUCUGACCUCUGUGAUGUCACUUCCUGGCUGGGCAGGAUGCUGCCAGAGCUGGAGAGGCUUCAGCGCAUCGCACCAUCCACCAGCAUCCAAGACAUCGAGGUCAACGUCAAGAAACUUAAGGAGAUGCAGAAAACCUUCAACAGCUACAAGUGCUUGAUGAUCUCUGUCAACCUGAGCAGUCGUCACUUCCUGCACGGUGACAGCAUCGAGCUGCGGGAGCUGCAGGACGCGCUGAGCUCAGCCAAUCACAGCUGGACGCAGGCCUGCAGCGGUCUGGAGAGAUGCGAGAGGAGGCUGCACUCCACCCUCUUGCAGUGCCAGGAGUUCCAUGAAACGCUGCACGCUCUGCUCAUGUGGCUUUCUCAGGCUGAGAACAAACUGAGUGCUCUAACUGCGAACAACCCGUCGGCUUCACACUCUUCACUGCUGGAGCAACGAGGGGCUCUGAUGGUUUUGCAGGACAAGCUGCGCAGCAGACAUCGGCAGGUUUCUGUGCUGCAGGAGAUCUCCUCCCAGCUCCUGCUGGAGCCCAGCGAGGACGUCAGCGUGGAGGCCAAAGAGAAGGUCCACGUCAUCGGCAACAAACUGCAUCUGCUGCUGCGACAGGUGGCUGUAGCCCUGCAGUCGCUGCAUGGAAGACUGGGGACCUGCUCGUCCAGCUCGUCCAGCUCUGAAAUGGACCACAUCGGCCUGGGAGCCCUCAGUUCACCUCUGCUGCUGCAUCAGGAGGAGUCCGGUUUACAGGCAGCUACUGGCGGACAACCAGCCAUCAGAAGGGAGGAGAAGAGGGAUUCCUCCCCCCACCGACCCUUCCUCUAUCGGAUCCUACGAGCUGCCUUCCCUCUCCACCUGCUCUUCUUUGUGCUGCUGAUUCUGGUCUGCUUGGUGCCUCUGUCUGACGAGGACUACAGCUGUACACUGUCCAACAAUUUUGCCCGAUCCUUCUACCCUAUGCUGCGCUACACCAACGGCCCUCCGCCCACAUGAACGUUCAGAGGUUGAAAUCCAAAUGACAGCGUUAAGCAGAAGUUCACAGGCGUCCACAAACGAAAAGCAGUGCCCUACAUGUGUGAGGGAUUCAUGUGUGGCUUGAAAUUUUAUUGCUGUAUUUUAAAAUGUAUUUAUUUAUUUAUUUAUUGUUUUAAAUAAGAAGCCAUAUCAUCGGUUUGUUUUCAAGUUCGUGACUUCAUUUUUAAAAUAAUGUACAUUUGCCAGUUGACAUCCUGCCGAACAACCUCCAUAAACAGUGUAAAGGCAAACAAAAUGAUCAAGAUUUAUUUUAAUACCUCUAUUUUCUACAAACUAGUACGUGGAAUGAAGGAUAAACGAGUGUUAACACACAAAAAUAAAUAAAAAAAAACAAAACGUAAGACAUGAAGAACAGCAGCCGUUUCUACCACUGCCACUAUUUCUACAGUUUUUCAUAGAAGCCAGAGACUUGUUGAUGACACAUUUCUUACGCAAAUGUUUCUUUUUUUUGUUAGAUUUUAAAGGUAUUUAAGGUUUUGAAAAUGAUGGCAGCAACUCAUCUGCAGACUUGCCUUUCUGUAGUUAAAUGAGCCACAAUAUGAAAUGACCCUGUUUAAUCUUUAUAUGGUGGAAAACUACUGAGGAAGCGAUGGGUAAGAAAUUGUUUGAGUGAUGCUGAAGUAAUUUGAGGUUAAAUAAUUCAUACUGGCUUGUUAUUUUAAAUUUUGGCACUGCAUUUAUCUCAGAGCCAGUAUAAUAAAUUAUUUUCCAAUAUUUAUUUAAAACAUGUUUAGAAUGUUUCAAUAUGUUAGUAAAUCACUAAAUAUGAGUUUUGCAAAAUGCACAAAUACUCAGUUUAAGCUGCAUUAAGCGGUUAUGUUAUAAUUAUAUUCAAACCCACACCAGGUGUUGUGUAUCAUCCUUUACCCAUCUUUUAAUUCUCCUCCAGCAAAUAAAAUUUGACCCUAUAAUAUCUGCAUGAUGUUAUUUAGCCUCUGUCAACCAGAUCUAAAGCUGCAUGAGAAGGAAAUCUGUUUUGUCCAUUAUUUCUCUCCUUUAAUAAUAACAAUUGUUGUUGUACUAUACAUAGUUGGAAAGCCUGAUUUUUACAGCGUGUAAGGAUCAUGCAUCAUGGUGGAUCAUGAACAGCUGAACAUGCAGGUAAUGCCCCAAAAAUGUGCCCAAAUCCCCUGCAAUAUUCUCCUGUUCUACAUUUAGAAGAAGAAAUUCAUGCCAAAAUCAGUCCUCUAGUUACAGUCACUGGGAGCAGUGGGUAGCCAUGCGCCGCACCUUACUUGUCAAGGUAAAUAAGUAGUUUGAUGAAUAGCCCACUUGGAAUCAGUGAAUACAAACAGGAGAAAAUUGCAGGGGAUUUUUUUAACACUACUCACAUGUUUAGCUGUGUUGCUCAUUUCACAGAUGCACCAUCCGUACAAAUUACAUUGUGUUGUAAAGGUGAGUAAUCAGACUUUCCAUCGGUGAAUUAUACAACACCAACUGGCCUAAUUAACUGCGAGAAAUAAUCAAACAGUUCAGGUGAUUAAAGUUGGAUAAGCAGCACUGACAGUCGUUUCAAGAUACCCACAAAAAACAUGUGGUUCUGUCUUUUGUGUAGAGAAAUUCUGACUAUACAAUUUAAAUACUUUUUUUUAUGAAGCUGUGUAACCCACCCAACAAUAUAUGACUUAAUCAGAGCAGGCAAACAUUUACUUGCUUUAAAACACUGAUGCAGCACGGUAAAACAUGUCAGACUUGAAUGUAAGAAACCCUCUGGGUGCUGAAUGUAGCUAUGUUCCUGCACAAUCAACAAUAAUUAAAUGUGCUAAAUUUACUGUUAAUAUAGGCCCUAAAUGUUAGAGGAGAUUCUGAGUAAUUUAUGAUGCUGUAAAUAAUCUCAGCUUCACACUCAGAAGGCCAGCGGAAGAGAAACAAGAAAAAAAUGUGUAAAGUUUGCUGUAUUUUGUGAUCUUUAUUUAUGGGAUGUAAAGAUUAUCAUUUUGACUGAUAAUAAACCGUGUUGAUUUGC